UAGGUUUCAUUUAUAAAAUUUACCUUUGACAACUAUUAUUAUUUAAACUAAAGAAAUGUAUUCUAUGACUUUUUAUCCACAAAAAUAAGCGUUUCCUAAGAUACAAAGGAAGUAGUUUAAUUAAUAUUUUUUGUUUAUUGCAGUACAGUGUUACAUUUGCCUUAAAGGCGACUCAAAUAAUUUUCUUAUUAAAAUUAUCAUCUUCAUGUUAUUUCUACAAUAUGCAGACAUUUCUAUGUUUUAAACAUUUAUUUAUAGGAAUCAUCCACUCUUGUCAAUUUCAGAUUUCAGAUUAUUGAUAAAACCAUCGUUUGUUCGGAUAAGUGGCACGGAGUUUAUAACAUCGAAUCCUGUGGUGAAGAUAACCAAAAAGACCGAACUUCAAUAGAAAAAUCAUGAUGAGUAAUUUACGAUGCGACUUUAAUAUUAUGUAUAUAAGUAUUGAAUAACGUAUACAGUGCUAGAAGGUACCCACAUACCAAUAAGCGUUUAUAUUAAAAUAUUACCUAUGUAUAUUCAUUGUAUAUUGGUAACUAUUAACAGUUGUAAGCAUAUAUUCUAUAUCAUACACCACACCGUAUGGUAUUUAUUCGAGACUCACGAGUGACCACAAGUGGAUCAACAUUUUAAUUAGGGUCGGGGAAAUGAAAUGUUUACAAAAAUGAAAUUUUUUUUUUUAAUUUUUGUUUUUAAACCCUUCAUGUUUCAACUAUAGAUAAACUGCAACGACAAUAAUCGACGGGUUUUUUUUUGAUGAUAAUUGGACAGUUCGAUGAGCAUGUGUAAAUUAUGGGCGACGUUAGAUUACAUAGCUAUAACGACCAUCGCGCAAUUGGCGAUCGUUUUCGGUAUCAUCUUUGGCCUGGCCGCGCGGUUCUGGUGGACCCGGAACACGGUCGAGACAAGACAACAGUACUCGGCCAUGUUCUGGGAGAACAUCCUAUACAUCGAGUUGGCGGCGGCCUGCUCGCUGGCCCUGUUCGCGGCAUUUCUGUGGAAGCACACGGAACGGGACCCGUGGACGGGCAGUCGCCGAUUGCUCCUGUUCAGUGAACAGAUGCUCAUGAAACAGGCGGAGCGCGAGACGCGGGAUAUUCUGAAGUCGACUCGCCCGAAUCAGCUCGACUCCACGCACCCUGGUUACGUGCGCGUGGCCGGCGUGGUAUCCCGGCUGUUGGCCGCCAACUCCGGGGUGGACGCGAUCCAAGACCACCAGUGGACCGUGGUGGUGGUGAACAGCCAGAGCGUCAACGCCAUCGUCGAGCCCAACGGGUUGGUGUUGGUAUACUCCGGGCUGAUGUCCAUGGCCAACGAUGAUCAGCUGACGAUACUCAUCGGCCACGAGUUUGCGCACUGCGUUCUCCGUCACGCCAACCAAAUCAACAGCCUUAGGUUCGCGAUCACCGCACUGUGCCUGGUGCCGGCGACCCCUUUGAUCUUUGCCCUGCUGCCGUUAGGUUGGAACCUGUUGACACAUUUGUGCUUGUCAACCGCCGUAACGUUGUUCAUAGUACUGCCAUGCAUCCGGUCGUACGAGACCGAGGCCGACCGCAUUGGAAUGGAGAUGGCCGCCAAAACGUGCGUGGACGUCACCCAGGGCCACCUGUUCUGGAGCUCUAUGGCCACGACAAACAAACAGCACAAGCUGUGGUGGUGGCUGUCCAUGCACCCGACCUACGAAAGUCGGUCCAGGCACUUGCUCAAUUUGAUACCCGCGGCCAUGGAGAUCCGAAGACAGGCUGGCUGCUAGCGCUCUUCGCGCCGACUCAACGCUCAGUCUCACCCCUAAAAUAAUUUCGUCCCGGCCGCCUCCUGAACGCCACCAUCAACGAUUCUACUACACCUGCUACUAUUAUUACCAGCUGGUGAUAACUUCAAGGACGCCUUUUUCGCAGGGAUAGAACGAAAACUUCGUCGAUAGGUAUUUAAAAAAAGUGUUCCGUUACAAUAAGCUUAUAACUAACUCUUGAGUUAUUACGGUUGUUGUCCGUCGCAAAACCACACCAAAGAAGAUUAGUUUUCUAAACAAACUACGGUUCACUGUGAUCGAUAUAUAAUAUAUAUAUAUAUUUGUUUGUAUUUUUAUGAACAUGUAUUUUAUGUUUUUUUUUUUUUAUAUCAAACGUCAUAGGUACGCAGUUGCUACUUGAUAUUCUUGUGAAUUUAUAUAUUUUUUUAGUGCUGUUGUGGAAUAUAAUUACA